GAAGCAGAGUUUCGUAGGAAUGCUGACCAUCACCGACUUCAUCAACAUCCUGCACCGCUACUACAAGUCGCCCAUGGUGCAGAUCUACGAGCUGGAGGAGCACAAAAUAGAGACGUGGAGAGAGGUUUAUCUGCAGGACUCCUUCAAGCCCCUGGUCUGCAUCUCCCCCAAUGCCAGCCUCUUUGACGCUGUGUCCUCCCUGAUCCGCAACAAGAUCCACCGUCUGCCCGUCAUCGACCCCGACUCGGGGAACACCCUCUACAUCCUCACCCACAAACGCAUCCUCAAGUUCCUCAAGCUCUUUAUCGCAGAGGUGCCCAAGCCCGAGUUCAUGGCGCGGACGUUGGGGGAGCUGCAGAUCGGCACCUACAGCAACAUCGCCGUGGUGGGCACGGGCACCCCCAUCUACGUGGCCCUGGGCAUCUUCGUGCAGCAGCGCGUCUCUGCGCUGCCCGUGGUGGAUGACUCGGGGCGGGUGGUGGACAUCUACUCCAAAUUCGAUGUCAUUAACCUGGCAGCUGAGAAGACCUACAACAACCUGGACGUGACGGUGACGCGGGCGCUGCAGCACCGCUCCCACUACUUCGAGGGCGUCCUCAAGUGUUACAAGCACGAGACGCUGGAAACCAUCAUCAACCGCCUGGUGGAGGCCGAGGUUCACCGGCUGGUGGUGGUGGAUGAGAGCGACGUGGUCAAAGGGAUCGUCUCCCUCUCAGACAUCCUGCAAGCCCUGGUCCUCCCACAGGGCCCCUGAGGCGGUGGGGGGGUGGGGUUAAUUCCCCCCCCCUUGAGCCCCCCACUCUGCUCUCUUGCCACACUGUGCCCCCCCAGGCUGGCGGAGACACCCGGGGCGGGACCCCACUCACCAGCAGCAUCCAGCAAUAACCCCCGGCCCUGGGGCAGCCCCCACUGCCCUCCCCUGGGUGGGGGGAGCCCGUGGCCCCCCCUGCACCCCAAGGCCGUGUGAAGUGGUGGGGGCAGCCCCCGACCCCCCUGGGGUCACCGACCUCUAUGCCAGGGCUGUUCCCAGUGCGGACCCUCGUCCCCAUCACCCUGCCCCCCACCCCCCCCCAAGGUUUCACCGGGUUUGGUGAAACCCACUCAGCUCUACCCGGCCCAGGGACCCCCACCACAACUCCAGGGGUUCCCCCUGGGACCCUCCCGGGUCCCUUGGCCGCACCCGCCACCGCUUUGUGCGUGGAGAGAACCCACAAAUAAACACAGACCUGGCACCACCCCG